AUGGGCAAACCACUGAGCCGGCCAGACUGUUUACGGCAGAACCGCACUUGCCUGGGGAAGGGCGAGGAUGAGGAUGGCUAUAUAGAGGAUUGCUACGUGCCCCAGAGGUCAAUAUAUGACACGAUGAGAAUUAACGAGCAAAUCGAUCAGGGAUCGAAGCUCAACCAGCUUUCCAAGAGCACCCUUGGCAAGGGGGAUGGCAGCACCAUAUCCAGCAACGGGACUCUGGGAGCUGCCAAUGUCUUUGAGUCCAGGCCACCAGAAACGAAGAAGUUGGACGAGCGAGUCAUCUUUGACGCACUGAAGCUCAGCAGCGACGUCUCCAAGCCAGCACCAGCUCCACCGAGGAGACGACCAAACCCCGAGAGGAAGGAGAACGUCAACCGGCGGUCGUGGAAGUCCUUCAUGCCGCCAAACUUCACCGAAUUCGCAGAACGGAUGGGGGCUUCGCUGAGCGAGGUGUCGGAAGCGGGCGCCUCCAACCCUUCCCUGCGGGAUAAGCGGGAGUCGAGUGCCAUGCUGACCGAGUGCGCGGGCCAGCCCGACCACGGUGAGCCCAUGUCCGAGUCUCUCACCUUGGAACAUGUCUCCAAGUCAUCCGGUGCGGCGGAGGCUCUGACGGCCAAGCAGUUUGGCACAGAUGGCUACAGCGGUCCCCGGGAUGAGUGCCAGAACCUGCUGAAUGCUGGUGAUGGCCGCGGUCACACUGGGGACCUGGCCAGGGCUCGCCGGCUCCCCAGUGCCACCUGGCCACGAGCCAGGAAGAAUUUCAUCAAGGGAAGCCUCAGCGAUGGGCACCAGGAGACCCUGGAGGCCUCUGAGUCGGACUGUACAGUGGAGAACGUCAACCUCUCUCCGUGCCUUAGUGAAGAGCUGCUGGAUGCGGGACUGGAUAUUCUCAUCACCUCCAAUCUCAGGGAGAAAACGGAGUCUGAGCUGAGAUUUGAGGAGGACGAGCGCUGGGUGAUGAUGGAGGAGUGGGAGGAGGCGACGCUGUCAGAGAGAGGAAAGGCUGUUCUGGUGGCAGAGGAGAAGAAGAGCUGUUGCUUGGCAGAUAUUUCUGAAGAAAGGGAACAACUUGCUGCUCCGGCAGACAGCUCUGCCCCCAGCCCAGGGACCUCUCGGUCCUGUGCAUCCCCAGGGGGUGCCAGCAGCCCCCUCACCGGCAGCGCGUGCUGUACCGAGGACGCAGCGGUGCAGUGCGAGGCCGAGGACUUUGCUCCGUGUUCUGAGCUCUCAGCCAGCCCUGUGGUCCCCGAGUUGUCCGACACGGACUCGGUGCAGAUGUUCCUGGAGCUGGAAGAGCAGUGCCAGAACGAGGCCGAGGGCGAUGGGGCUGUCCCUGGCCACGUGGACGUUCAAGUCUCUCCAGUGGACUCGGAGGGGCUAGACCCAGAUUCGGCCAAACUGGCCGGGGCAGUGGUCGAAGCACGUCAGCGUACAGCCCCUUUGGACAUCAGUGCUUCGGACUCUGCCGUCGUGUCGGAUUUGGAGGACUUUGAUGUCACUUGCAGCUCGCAGGUGCUGAGCACGCUGGAGCCAGCGACAGAGCCCUUCUCGGAAAGGGACACCUCAGCCAUCACCCCGACGGACUCGGAUGGAGGGGCCUCACCCAGUCCUGUGGCCACGGUGGGGCUGGGCUCUCUCCAGCAGUGCUCUCCGGUACCGGCGGGGGAGGAUGAACCUGACCCGCUGGUGGACCCGGAGCUCGUGGACAGUUGUGUGGUGGCGAUGCUGGUGGCUGGUGACAUGCCAUCUCCUGAGACAGGCGCAUGUCCGGCUUCUGGCUUGGAGGGAGCUGGUUACCUCAGCGCUCCAGUGGGCUGGGGUGAAGAUGACCAAGACUUGCUGGUCCCUGAGGGGGAAGUAUCACAGCUCUCUGAGGAGACCUGUCCUGGCCGAGUGUCUCUGACUGGGCUGUCCCCCUGCCAGACCCCAGCUCCUGGCACAGUGGCAGAGGAGCUGGGGUCUCCCCCGCAGCACAACGAGGCCGAUGUUGAGGGGAUGGAUCCAUUUGGGACCCAUCACCUUCUGCCUGGAAGGACUGAGCUCACCAACUGGGAUAUCCCAGAGCUGGUUUCUGAGGAUGAAGCCACAGAUUUGGGAUCAGAGAGUGAUGGAGCUGAGGGCCAGACUCAUCUGGCAGAAAGUAGGAAUGCUUGCCCUGAUUCUCUGCUGCCUUUCCCUGCUGGCUCUGCAUCAGAGCCGGGCUCCGAGGCUCCAGUGACAUCCCCAGUGCCUGUUGAGGACCUCCUGCAGGAAACUUUUCCCCUGGGCCAGGGUCUGGCUCUAGAAGGGUCUGCCUAUGCCCAGGUGCCCCCUGUGGAGGUGGCUAUCAUGCAUGGGGAGGCACCGGCAGCCAUCCUGCAGCCAGGAGACCUGGACUUGCUGUUUGCCUGCGACUGGGAGGACCAGCUGGCAGCGCAGUGCUGUACUGUGGUGCUGGGUGAGGGGGUCCCACCUGCUGCCAGCCUGGCCGCCCCAGAAGAACUUCCUGGCAUGUCGCCUUUUGUGGGACAGCCUUCUCCUGAUGCCAUCCCAUGGGAUGUUGGGGGGCUUUCUGCUCCAACUGAACCACCAGCACCCGGGGAUGUGGCUGUCCCAGAGUCCCAGGCUCAGGAGAUGCCACCGACCACUGGGGAUCCUACCACAGAUGCUGAGGAACCGUAUAUUGAGCACCUACCUCCAGAUGCCACCUCUACUGCCGUGCCCUUGGCGGUGGAAGAGCUUCUGGAUGCCCCACCACCAUUUGCUGAUGUGCCUGUUACCAGUGUGCCACCACAAGCGGCCGACCCAGUUGUCUGUGGUGUUGGGGAUCUCGGGAGUGGCCCUGCACUGCUGGCAGUUGGGGGGCCAGUAGUGGUCUUGGGGGAUACAGAUGACUUUGCCGACAUGGUUGUGCUGCCCAUACUGGAGCACCUAUCCACCAAAGCGCCGGCUUUGGAGGACGACCUCAUGGCAAGAGCACCUGCAGCUGAGGUGGCAGCUUGGGACAGUGCCUCCAUGCUGCCGGGCAUGGAGGGUCCCCUCUCCACCUUCCCACCCCUCCCAGAGGGACCCACCACCCCAGAGCUGCAUGAGCUGCUGGGCGCACCCUCCACCACGGCACCCGCUGCACAAACCCUCCCCGAGGCCGAGCUGGGGGACACCCUCCGUCCCCCCAGCCGUGGGGGUACCCCUGCCCCAGCACCCGGCGAGGGAGAGGUGCCCGUGGGCACAGAGGGACUCCUUGCCACUGCUCUCGUCGCAGAAGGGCCUCCUGCUCUACCAGAUGGAUUUGUUCCAGAUAACGAGGUAUUUGUUGCUCAGGCGCUCGCAGAUGGGGUUUCGGGCACAGAAAUUGCUUUAUUUUACACUUGA